AUGCUCUGCACCUACAACGACAAGACAGUUUCCACCAACGCCGACCUUCACGUUCUUCUCGAAGCUGCAGGGCGCGUCAACUACCACGUAAUCGCCUUGCUGGAAACAAAGUCCAGAAAGACGGACAUGAGUCAGCUGAGUGAUGGCACACUCAUCAUUCGUGGUGAAAAGAUCCUAUCACCUCGUCUGGCUAUCCUUCGACUCUGUCCUCUGCGUCAGAAAGCCAUCAUUAUCAUCAACUGCUAUUCUCCAACAUCAGCAGCUGAUGAUUCGGAACUUGAUGCUUUUUAG